AUGUUUAAAAGAAAAUUACUUGCAUUAGAUUAUCCAACCCCUGAUAAAUUCGACAUUAACAGUAAGAUGAGUUUGAUUUUGUGGUUGGAAGAUCAAAAAAUUCGACAUUACAAGGUGGACGAUAGAAGCAAAUUAAGAGAUUUGAAUUCCCCUGAUUGGAAUACCGCCUACACAACUUAUUUAAAUGAUAUUGUUUGUCCCAUCGUUAGUAAGAAGCGAGAAGAAGAAUUAGGAUGGCUUUUAUCAUUUGCAGUGAGAUUAGAAUACAACGAUGAUUCUUUGAAAUAUCGAAAACAAAUUUCUGAAAUUUUGUCACAGAAUCAAGAAAGUGCACCCAAAGUUGUGCCUGUGAAUUCGCUAGAUAAUAUGGACUUUCAAAGCACUGAAUUUAUUAACGAAGUUUUUAUGAAAAUUUCCCUAUUAUAUAUUCAUCUUCUUCUUUACUUUCACUUUUAUUUUCUAUAA